AUGAUUUCAUGUCUUGAAUCUUUUUCAACUGAACUUCUAUUUGAUAUAUUUGAAUAUCUAUCACCAUAUGAUUUAUUUCGAUCAUUUAUUAAUCUCACGGAUCGUUUUAAUACUAUUGUUUAUUCAUAUCCACUUCAUCUCAAUUUUCGAUCAAUAUCUCAAUUAGAAUUUAAUUAUAUUUGUUGUCAUUUACAACCAAAACAAAUCAUCUCAAUUAUAUUUUCUGAUGAAACUAUACCUCAUCAAGUUGAAAUAUUUGAAGAACAUUUUCCAUUGUUUAAACAUCAAUUUAUUCAUCUUCAAUCUGUAACGUUCAUUGAAAUAUUUUCCUAUACAAUUGAUUUACCAGAAUCUGUUAAAUGUCUUGAACUUAGAAAAUAUGAUAUUUAUAAAAAUAUUCCUUUUGAUUUUGAUAAAUUACUUAUACAACAAGCAAAAGUUUUAACUCAUUUAAAAGUUGAUAGAAUUGGUACACUUAAUCAUAUUAAUGUUCGAUUUCCAUUUCUUACUCAUUUGACAAUUGAUGGUGGUUUUAUUCCUGAUGAAGAUUGUUAUGUUCGAUUUAGUAAUAAGUAUGAAAAUAUUAAUUUUACUUCAGUUUUUCAAAAUUUCGAAAGUUCAAUUACACAUCUUUAUAUUUUUAUUGAUAAAGAAAAUAAAAAUAUGAAAAUAAAUCUUGAACAAUUUUCUCAUUGUCUUAUUCAUCUUACACUUCAUUUUGUCGAAGAUGUAUCAAUAUUAUUCGAACCAUUUCGUUCAUCAUUUUGGCUCAAAGAAAAACAUUGCUAUAUUGGAUAUCAUAAUGAUGAAGAGAAUGGACAAACAUUCUUAUAUACAAUACCUCGAUUUCGAUUCAAAGAUAUUAUUUAUCCUUCAUCUAAUUUCCCACCGAUAACAACAGUACCAUCGAAUAUGGAAAAAUAUUUAUUUUAUGAAAAUAAAAUUGAUUCUUUAUUCAUCGACAUGGAUAAAUUUAUAAUACCACCGAUUCAUCGUUUUACACAAGUCAAAUCAUUAAUACUUUGUGGCUCAACAUUUAUGUUAUUAGAUGUUCUUAACACAAUAAUAGAUUUUAAUCAAAUAGAAACACUUGAUAUUUUUCCUGUUGAAUCAUUAUCAAGACAUAAACUUGAUAUAUUAAUAAAACAUUGUCCUCGAUUAAAUUAUCUUAUUAUGAAUUAUAAUCCAUUAUUUGACAUACCAUCACAAAUUCAUACUCUUAGGUUAGAUGUUGAUUUUCGAUCGUUAUCUAUUAAUAAUCUUUGGCAUAUAACACAAAAUGUUAAAACUCUUGAAAUUCCAAUUAAUUCAAAAGAUAUGAUGCUUGAUAUUAUAGAUCAAUUUGAUCAUAUUGAUAAUUUUCUAUUCUCAUGUGAUUACUUUUCAGAAGGUGAAUAUUUGGAAUUCUUCAUUAAAAAGUUUCGUAUUUAUUGGUUAGAAGAUAAUUCAUAUCGUCUCGCCAUGCAUCAUUUUACAUAUCGACAAGGAGAAGAAUAUUAG